UUUCACUGGGUGACACCAACAUAGACUUAAAAUCAAUCAAUAGACUUGUGAUGUCACGUACUCCUCCUCCUCCUCUUUCAUUCACACUCACGCCCGUGCCCUCUUUUUUUCUCUCUCUCUCCCUCUUCCCUCCCUCUCUUACUUCUUUUUUUUUAUAGCACACUCACUACUUUAAGCUUUUUCCACUCUACUUUUCUCCAACUACUUUUUUUCCCCUUUCCAAAUCAACACACAUGAGUUCGGUGUCUUCACACGACGGCAGUGAAAAAGACGGGUUUCUCCAUCGUAUGCCCGACGGCUUUCCUCAUCGAUACAGCUCCAUGCGCAAAACAGACUUACUUGACACCUUUGAUUCUGUGCGACAUCGCGAUACGGACACUUGGAGUGUAGCAGCAACGAUUGACGACCAAGAGUCAGUUAUCAGCGGUCCUGGCGGUACUGCGAGUCUAAUCAGCAGCAGCCGAGCAACAGCAGAGGGACGAGAAACUGACGACGAUCGAUCCACACUGGACGGCAUUAGCGAAACAGCAAGAGACAUGCACCCAGCACUACUGCUUGGCGACAACACGUCGUCGUCUGCGUCAUUUCGACUAGAAGCGCUCCGGGAUUUGGAUGGACCACUGUUACACCAUGACAAUGCCAGCAGCAUCACGACAGACGAUGACAAGCGUUCCAGGUCGAAUGCAGCCGAGUUUGGCGACGAAGGAACCCGAUCCGCAACAGCCGAUUUUGGUGACAGCAGUGAUACGAGUGAUGAUGAAACAGAAGGCCAGGCAAUGCAUCAUCACCAUCACCACCACCACCACCAUAACGUGGUCAACGACGAUAUCUCUGCACCGCCACAGCCGCAACCAAGCUUUGCGUCUGUCACCAAAUCGUUCGCAGAGAUUAUGGAGGAAAACGAGGUGCUUCAUAACCAACUCCGCAACCUGCAAAUCGCACAGAAGCACCAGUCUGAAGUGAUUGAGAAUUUACGUUCGCUGACCGGCUGUAACGAGGAAAUAUACGGCCGUGCGCUUCAUCUUUCACAGGUCACCCCAGAGGAGUUGGAUCGAUGGAAUGAACAGGGCAAGUCGAUUGGCGCCGGUGGCGCCGGUGUCGCUGGCGUUAAUGUUGGUGCCACGGGUGGCGCUGGUGCCGGUGCGCCUGUUCCAUCUUCUGCUGCUUCAGUACCUUCCAGACCUGUCUCUGCAUCUUAUUCUCACCACUCUACUACAUCCGCAACCAACACCAAUCCUGCCACCACUGCUGCUAAUCCCACUUCUUCCGGUGCUCCCAACGCUGGCCCCAUUGCUACAGCUGCUCCCAUUUCAGCCACGCCAGCUGCCUAUGACAUGGAUCACACCAUGCCCAACUCGCGCUCGUUAACACAACAGCUUGCUCGUCUGGCCGAAUUGGUGAUUCGCUUUGUGCAAGUGACAGUUCCAGACGAAACGUGGCGACCUACAUUGGAGCAGUUUUUGUUUUCGCAAAUCACGGAUGCGUAUCUCGUUUCUUUGCCGUUCGGUACAGAAAAUCAGGAUCUGCUCAACUUGGCCUAUGCGGACCAAAUCCGUCGUUUCCAAACUACCCUGGGCGCUAAUUUUGCGAAAUGGUACAGACGUCAAACGGUGCAGUCAUUGUCGCUGAACCCGGCUACAAAGGGAUAUCUGGAAAUGUUGCGCGCGCAAAUGACGGAAAAGCUCGAGACGAUGCUUACGGAAGGAGGAAGAGGAGGAAACAAAAUGGUGAAUGGCAGUGGUGGCGAUAAUGAAGAUCAUGCCACGACUAUCAUUGAACAUCGGAGCUUGUGGAACGAGGUGCUGGAUCAAUGCACAGUGCUAUCGCUCGUUAUCCAUGGUUGUGAGGCCGACGUCUCAGUACAAGCGGUUGCUGUUGGCGCUGAAUACGACGAACAUGUCAUGGCGGUCGUUGGUGAUGUUGAUCAUGCAGACAAGGACAAGACAGUCAAAAUGGUCAUCAGCCCUCUCUUCAUUGAUGAAGAACAAAUAGUGUUGUUGCCGGCACGUGUGCUGUUGCAAUGAUAGCGGCUUUCGCAAACUUGUCCCCUUUAUCCUUUGUUCUCGCUCUGUCACAUCUUCACCUUACCAGUCUUCCUUCGAAUCUCCAAAUCGCCCCUUAUCUAGCACAACUUUAUGCGUACCUAUUCUCGCUCUCUAUCUCACGCACAACUUUAACUCUUGUCUUUUGUUUUCCGUCUGUACAUUCUUCAAAGGGAGAUUUUACCGGUUUUUCUUUCCACCUUCCUCUUAUCAAUGCAAAAAUAUACACCAUGCAACGACAUCUGUUUGCAAAGAAAAGUCAAAUGAUGUAUGACUCCCUGCAUUUGAACAAGGUUUUGAUCCAUU